AUGGCAGGUGACGGCUGGAUGAACGGAGUGAAAGAAGUGAAAGAACUCCCGGAUGUUGAAAGGGAGGGAGAGGAACUCUGGACUGCGACAAGAGAAGACAACACUACAUCCUUCAGGAAGACAUUGGUGCUCCGCCAGCUGGAAGAGAAGAAUAAAAAGAGGAGAGAAAUAAAAAGAGAAUUAGAUACACUACAAACACAGAGACAAGCAGCUUCCCAAGGAACCCCCCGUCCAGACAUUGAUGCCGCCCUCCAGCACCUGCUGCAGAAGGAUUACCACAAGAGAGAAAGUGGCAUACUUAAGAAACUUGUGAGGCUUAAUGGCGGAAGUUUGAAAAUUCCCCGAAAAAAGAAUUAUUUCAUCAACCUCACGGAAUAUAAACUGACACCCAAAGAAGAAGAUCUCCUUAAUCUUGGGCUCAAUACCCACGUGAUAAAAAAGCCAAACCCACACGCCAAGCGCCUGGAGGUCGAAGUCCUCCUUGAUCUAUUCAGUCCCUCAAGGACGAAGGGUGACUUUAAUCCAGGGUAUAUUUACGGCACCGUAAAAACCCACAAGCCUGGUAAUCCUCUCCGCCCUAUUAUAAGCCAAAUCCCAACCCCAACUUACAAAAUCGCUAAGAGACUCAAUAAACUCCUCACGCCAUAUAUCCCUGACGGGUAUUGUCUACAGUCAUCUACCGACUUUUUACGUAAACUCCGAGACUCUCCGUCUACAGGUAUCAUCGCCUCUCUUUACGUCGAGAGCCUCUUCACGAACGUUCUAGUCGACGACACGAUUGAACACAUCCUCGCUAGAGUAUACAGAUGUGAGGACACACAGGCUUUGAACAUUCCCGAGGAAGCCCUAAAAGCCCUUCUUGAAAUAUGCACCAAGAAGGCACCAUUCACAACCCACAGAGGACAUCUUUAUUGCCAGAUUGACGGCGUGACAAUGGGAACCACAUUAGGGGUUCUAUUUGCCAACUUCUACAUGAGUGCCGUCGAAGAAAGGGUUUUCAAUAAGAUCCCCUGCCCUCCCCAAUACUACCGCUACUUAUACGACACCUUCAUAAGAGUCGACGGAGAAGAGGACUUUGAAACUUUAAGAAAGACUUUCGAAGAAUGCUCCGUCCUCCACUUCACAUGUGAACGCAGCGUUGACGAAAAGUACUACUUGUACUCCCUGGGGCAAGACACGGACGAAAGCCACCAGGUUCGAACCGUUAUUUAUGGCCUGGGAGGAACAAGAAUUCUUAAAGAAGAGAGGCGAGAGGAGGAGGAGGAGGAGGAGGAGGAGGAGGAGGAGGAGGAGGAGGAGGAGGAGGAGGAGGAGGAGGAGGAGGGUCCUGGAUAA